AUGGACUUCGGUCAUCCAUCAUUCUGUGGUCGUUCGAUCUCCUCCCAGCNNUCGACAGACUACACGCACUCUCUUCCGCCACUCCCCCCUUUGUCGCAAAGCGGCUCUAACCCUGUACCUCCCGAACAACGUCGCAAUCCUCGUCGUAGUCAAGGAAAUGUUCUACAAAAGCCUCCAACUCUCGUACGCCAAGAAGAGCGCAAGGCUACCUUUGUCGAUGGCCUCGUCGACUCUGCCGCUCAAAUGGUAGAAGUCAUCUGGCCCUUGUCGGUCGCCCCUUGCAAGCCCCAAGCUGGUGGUGUCUUGUCCUUGCGCAGGUAUAUCGAGGAGACACUUCGCAGAUCCAGAACAAGUUACUCUACCUUGCAGGUGGCUUUGUACUAUCUUGUCCUGAUCAUGCCUUGUGUCCCCAAGUCUGAUUUUACCAUGCAGCAAUCGGUCGAUUCGCCGUCAGUUCGUGCCCUGCAAUGCGGUCGCCGCAUGUUCCUUGCCGCUCUGAUUCUCGCGUCCAAAUACUUGCAGGACCGCAACUACUCCGCCAAGGCAUGGAGCAAGAUGUCGGGCCUCAAGGUUGCUGAGAUUAACCUCAACGAACGUGCUUUCCUCGAGGCCGUCAACUGGAAGCUACACCUCCCAGAGCCUCUGUUCAAGCGCUGGACUGAAGUUGUCCUGCGCUACACCCCUGGCCAGGCUCCUCCACCAGCUGGACAGAGUCAAGUCAAUGACUUCCCUAAUGAGGAGGAACACUUGACCUGGAAGGACAUCAUUCCUCGACUUACUCCUGACCUGGAGCUUGUUGCACCUGCUGCUGCAGAGACUGUUGAUCGCGAAAGACCAGAAUCGCCAGUCGCAACAUAUAACACGUUGCCAUCAUACCUCGAGCCUCAACCAGAAGUCAGACCUCCCACUCCCAAUCUGGGCGUCAGCUACUUGCCAACUCCUCGUUCUACGCCUCCACCUGCUCUGGCUCCUGCAGUGAGUAUCGGCAGUGUUGAGAUGUGCAACGUAAUUGGCAAGCUUAGUCGUCGUUCGUCGUUUGGUAGCCAGGUCUCUUCUGUGCCUAGCCCUGCGUCGAUGCUGUCGGAAGUAUCCCGCCCGUCACCUGCAUCGUCUGUGACUUCGGUGGGCUCUUACAACUCCUACACGCAGGACCGCAUGGUCAAGACUUCUACAGAGGAAUCAAAUACUGCUUUUUCAGUAACCAAGCCACAGUUAACCGCGUAUGACGCUCAGCCUCAGGCCAGCCGAGCGGUCAAACGUAGCCAGGAGGAUAUGUCUGGCUCGGAGGAGGAAGAACGACGAGGACCCCUCCAGAUGAGAACAAGCUCGCUGCUCAACAAGCACGAGGGAACCAAGGAAUUGCCGAUUGUUCUUGACGAUGAGGACUGCGCCAGCAACAGCAUGGCAGCAGAAGUCGCUAGUCUACAGGCAAAUGCUUGGUCUAGAUAUAAUAACGCCGCUUUCACGGGAGAAGAAAGGAAGCGACGGCGGGUGGCAUAUGGCUGUGAGGAGCCAUGGGCUGACCGGGCUCUUGAUUGCGGCGCAGUAGUCGUCAAUUGA